AUGUACGCGGUAGAAGCUACAUCGCUCCCCAGCCGCGAGUGCGGCGCUGGUCCCACAUCAGCGGAAAACGCUUCCGCAUGGCUUCCGCCAUCCGCUUCCGCGGUGCGCAGCCCGCACGCGGAAGUCGUUCGGCGGAAGGCUACAUCGUCGAACGACAUGGAUAACGAGUGGGGCGAUGAUCCCGCGCUCAAUGACGGCGCAUGCGCGCACGCGGGGGAAGGCGCAAGCAGUACGGGGGAAACUGACGGGUCCCGCGGCAGCCGCAGCAGCGGGUUUCUCCGCCUCCUGCGCGGACGAACAGGAAAUGCCACCCGUGAACCAGGUAACGCCACGAGCGCCGCCCCUGCGCGCACUUCCGCGGACCUCUUCCGCUUCCGCCGCUCGCGGGGCGAAGGGCGGGCGGCGUCAUCGCGGGAAAAAACCCCUCCCAAGCUCGGCGGGGACGCCACCGAGACCACUUCCGCAGCAGCACGGGGCGCAGCGGAAGAAGGGCGGUCGGAAUCAUCGCGGGAAAAAACCCCUCCCAAGCUCGGCGGCGACGGCACCAGCUCCGCAGGAGCAGUAAGCGCAGCGGAAGGAGGGCGGGAAGGAGGAGGACGCGGAGCGGGCGUGGGCGGAGGCAAAGGGGGAGCAGCGGGAGCAGGUGGAGCAGGGGGAGCAAGUGGAGCAGGAGGAGCGGGGGAACGCGCCUCGCCCCUCGCCGCAGCCCGUGGCUCCAAUGAGACCGCCGCGCCGCGUGGAUCUAAAGUAGCUUCUACGACGCCUCGGAAGUCUGAGACUGCGGCGCCAGCCUUGCCGUUUGAUGCGGAAAAGGAAUCGCCUUCGACUGACGGGCUCCCGGCCGCCGCGGCUGGACACUUGGAUGACGUGUCAAACUUUGCGGGCUUCCACGUGGCAGCUGGUACUACUUCCUCGUCGACGAGUAAAGCACUUUCCCUGAAGGAAGAAUUGGCCAUGGAAGGCGUUUCGCCGCGUUCCCCCGCCUUCCCCUCUCCUUCCGCCUUCCCCGCUUCUUCCGCCUCCCCCUCUUCUUCCGCCCUCCCCGCCGCUCCUUCCCCUUCUUCCGCCUCGGCGCAUUCGCCCGCCCCCGUGCCUCGAAUCGCGCGAUCCGCGUCCGUCAACGCGCAGACCCGCCGUUACCCCCCGCCCAUGAGCGGAUACUCCGGUCACAUCCUUCCGCCUCGGCGGAAAUGCACCGCUUCUAACACUGACACUAACCGUAACGUUAACGUGAAUAUUGACGGUGACGACGAGGAUGAUGACGAUGACGGAGUGGUGAUGGCGCGGCCCGUGCUGCGGAGAGGCGCUAAUCGCGGAGGUUCCGGGGACCUUGCGCCAUCCGCGGAGGCGCAGCUGGUGGCCGCGGCAGCGGACAUGCUCCGCGGAUUGGGCGGCGGGGCGCAGCAGACCGGGGGAAUCGGAGGCGCGGGCAACUUACACCGCGCCGCGUCCCCACGUGGAAUCCCCCCCGCUGGAAAGGUUUCUCCUCGCGAGAAGGUGCACGAGAAGCUGAAGCAGCUGCAAGUAUCGUUUGAUGAUCCCACCCCCGAAGCCGACUCCGAUAACGCGAGCCCUUAUGACGAGGCCGCGGAAAGUGCUUAUAUCGAGGGUGCUUAUGACGGAGCGGAAGGGCAGAAAGCGGGUUCAGCGGGGAACGCGCCUCUGCCCUCACCGUCCCCCGCCUCCUCCGCCUCUCAAGAGCGCUCCCCCCAAUCCAACUCCUCGUUGUCCCCCCAUGCGCCGCACGCUCCCCGUUCCCCCUCCCCCCUCGGCGCACCCGCUUCUUCCCCUUUCCGCCGGCGUCGCGCCCGGUUUCCUUCUCCUUCCGCUUCCCCCCACGCUGGCAUGCCUUCCCCCUCCGCUUCUCCCCACGCCGGCAUGCCUUCACCCUCCGCUUCCCCCCACGCACGUGCGCCUUCCCCCUCCGCCUCCCUUCACGCACCCCCCGCUUCCCCCCGCACCUUUGCCCCACCAGCCUCCCCCAACGCUCUUCCCCGGUCGUCCUCCCCCCACGCUCCCCCAUCCGCCUCUCCCCGCGCCCCAGUGUCUUCCCCUUCCGCUUCCCCCUCGCGCCAGCGCAAGCCUGUCCCCGCCAUAUUCUCCCGCCCCCCUCCCCUUACCCCUCCCCCAGAUCAGCCCACUGCCCCCUUCCCCCUGCUCGCCUCCUCCCCCGCUCAAUCCCCCACGUUCCCCUGCUCCGUCCCCUCCGCCCCCUUCCCCUCCGCCCGCUCCCCCACACGCCCCCACAUGUCCCCAUCCAAGCCUCCGCGCUCCCCCACCCGUUCCCCCGCGCUCUCCCCCUCCUCGUCCCGCCGCUCCCCGCGCGCCUCCCCCAUCCCCCGGUCGCAGUCCUCUUUCCAAAACCCCUUUCCUUCCCCCAAGGCCUCUCACGGCCGGCGCCAAUCUCUCGAUCUCAGCCAACUCUCCCCCUCCUCCUCCAAGCCUCACCAGGGGUUCCCCUCACAUACCAACAGCAUGGGUAUGGGGACAGGUCCGGGGACAGGUAUGGGGACAGGUAUGGGGACAGGAACGGGUGCGGCCAUGGGUACGGGUACUGGCAUGGGUAAGGGUAUAUUCCCAGGGCAGGAGCAACACCACCAGAGAUCCGCCUCUGAUUCAACUCCUGAAAGUGACAGCACCGAUCUAUACCCUCCCUCACACCACCUCAUCCCUCCGUACCUGCCCAACUCUACCAUCCCAUUCGCCGCCACUACCACUCCAGAAUACAACCCCCAGGCGAACGCUCCUGUCUACGCUCCCUACCUGCCUUCCUCUCCUUCCCACCCACUCAUCGCUCCACCGGGGCAGAGUGUUGCGGGAAUGGGUACGGGUAUGGACCAGGCUGAAGGGGUGUUUGUUCGGUCCCAAAGUGCCGAAUUUGAGGGGAGAGUGGCGGUGCAUGUGACAGGGGAAGGGGUGCGGGCGGGAAGCGGACGGCGGGUCACGCGGAGAAACUCGGUCGAUGCGGGGACGUUGGGCGGCCGGGCUAGCUCGGGUAGUGCUGCUGAGAUGGGAAUGCGGAUGGGAGGGCAGGAGAUGGGAGGAGGGCAGGAGAGGGGUGGGAGGAGCCCUAUCAAGUCGUGCCUGUCGCCGGCGAAUGGAUCAGGAGGAACGAAGCUGAAGAAGCAGGUGUCGUUCAACCGUGUGGUACGCGUGCGGAGGUUCCCUUCGUGUGACGCCAGCAUUGGCCAAUGA